UGAAAUUUACAGUUCUUUACCAUCUCUAACGAAGGUUUCAUCGCAUAAUCGAAGCCUACAUGGAACAAACCCUCAGUCACGUGGAGAUUCGUCUUUAGAGUUGGAGGCUAUAGCCGCUGUGCAUGAACUUUCAUUUGCCGUACAUUCGAUAUCCGUCUCUGAGAUGCUUCCACGUACACCGGAGCUCAUUUUUGUUAACGUGACCACCACUGAAGGUCAACCUUACUGUAUCGAAUUAACACUCAAAGGUUGGCGAAUCACUUCACUACGGAAUGACUGCAUGCACGGUGAUUUUAAGCAACUUGAAUUGUUUACCAAAUAUUACGAAUCACUCUAUGAACUUAUGGAUUUUAUCUCACCUGGGUACAGAAGUCGAUUUAGUGAAAAAUUAUCUCAGCGUUUAAAAUUAUUACAGGUAAUAUUGUCAACCUCAAAUGAACCAUCUGAAUAUUUUAUCUUAUUUCAGGCUGGUGAAAAUCCUGAAAUAGCUGCGCCAUUCAGCUCUUAUGCUUGUACACCUUUGCAAGAGAGCCCACAAAAAUCGCCUACUUCCGUUGUUUCUUUUGCAUUCGGAAGUGCUAAUGAUUUGGAUAGUAAUUUAUAG